GAGAGAGAGAGAUCCGCAGCUGGAUGUUAUAUGGGUCAUCUCUUCCUCUUCCUCUGUCACACACGUCCUCGAUGACGUGUACCCACGUCUGCUCUUGCGUGUAGGCGGCUCGCGCGAUGAAAACAUGGCAGUGUCAGUGAGCCACGCUGAUGUCCAAAUGCAACAAAAAGAAGAUGGAGACGAGGACGAGCAGCGCGCCUCCAGAUCAGACAGUGGCAGCGGUGAGGAUUCUCUUGAUGGCCUUUUGAGGCGCACAUGCCCUUUGACCCCAUCACUGUCUCCACGAAAGAGGACCACAAGUCAGAGUAAAACAGAGCCGCCUCUUCUAAGGACCAAUAAAAGGACGAUCUACACAGCAGGACGUCCACCCUGGUACAACGUCACAGGGACCACCUUUAAAGAGGCUUUUGUUAUAGGUUUGUGUGGUGGCAGCGCUUCAGGAAAAACCACAGUGGCCAAUAAGAUAAUCGAGGCUCUGGAUGUUCCAUGGGUCGUCCUACUGUCAAUGGACUCUUUCUACAAGGUGUUGAGCAAAGAAGAACAGGAGCUUGCAGCCAGGAAUGAGUACAACUUUGAUCAUCCAGAUGCUUUUGACUUUGAGUUGCUUGUAACAGUCCUGCGGAAACUGAAGAAGGGUAAAAGCAUCAAAGUGCCAGUGUAUGACUUCACCACACAUUCCCGUCGCAAAGAGUGGAAAACGGUCUAUGGGGCCAAUGUUGUAAUAUUUGAGGGAAUCUUGUCAUUUGCAAAUAAGGAACUUUUGAAGCUGUUGGACAUGAAAGUGUUUGUGGACACUGACUCCGACAUUCGGCUCGUCAGACGACUGAAAAGGGACAUUUCGGACCGAGGUCGUGACCUUGCAGGUGUUAUCAAGCAGUACAACAAGUUUGUGAAACCUGCGUUUGAGCAAUACAUCGAACCUACAGUCCAGGUCGCAGAUAUUGUGGUUCCAAGAGGUGGAGAGAACUUUGUAGCUCUGGAAUUGAUUGUGCAGCAUGUCCACAGUCAGCUCGAAAAGCGUGAAAUCACAGUGAGAUCUGCCUUGGCUUCAGCACAUCAGGGUCAGCCUUUACCCAAGACCCUCAGCGUGCUGGAAAGCACACCACAGGUGCGGGGAAUGCACACCAUCAUCAGGAACAAGGAGACUAACCGAGAUGAGUUUAUUUUCUACUCAAAGAGAUUGAUGAGGCUGCUCAUUGAGCACGCCCUCUCCUUCUUACCACUGAAGCCAGUGUCUGUUGAAACACCCCAAGGGACAAUAUAUGAGGGGAAAAGACUCAGUGGGAAAAGGAUUACUGGAGUGUCCAUUCUGCGUGCAGGGGAGACAAUGGAGCAGGCCUUGAUGGCAGUGUGUAAAGAUAUUCGACUGGGAAAAAUUCUUAUCCAGACAAACCAUGACAGUGGGGAGCCUGAGCUCCAUUACCUGCGCUUGCCGAAGGACAUCAGUGAGGACUACGUGAUUCUGAUGGACAGCACCGUGUCCACAGGCGCAGCUGCUCUCAUGGCUGUUCGAGUUUUACUCGACCAUGAUGUUGAGGAGGAUAAGAUAUUUCUGCUGUCUCUGCUGAUGGCUGAGAUGGGUGUUCACUCCGUAGCCUAUGCCUUUCCCAAGGUGCGCAUCAUCACCACAGCUGUGGACAAGAAGGUCAAUGAUGAGUUUCACAUCAUCCCAGGCAUUGGAAACUUCGGGGACCGUUAUUUUGGAACAGACGCUCCUUCAGACUGGUAUGAAAGUGAAGAAGGGAUGGAUUACUAAGUCUUAGUUUAAAAAAAAAAGCGAGUUUAUGUGACUUUAGCAAAAGCUACUGCUGAUUUGCUGCCACGUGCCAUAAUAGUGGCACUCAAAGGGCAGUGUGUGGGGUUUUUUUUUUGUUUUUGUUUUUUUAAACACACUGCAGCUUUGCUUAGGUUUUACAGAAGGUAAGGUUAGUUUCGAGUCUCUUUCCACAAGUAUUAAGAGAGGCAUCAUGCUGAUGGUUAAUUUAUUUCCUUGAAGGAUGUAAUGGCCCGUUUGAUUUGAGAUAAUCUUCAGUGAAAUGAAUGAACUUCGACUCAUUCGAUGAACUGUUUAUGACUCUUUAACAAUCUUUCACAUGCUUGAAUUUUGAAGCUUGAAUUUUGAGAGUUAAUCUUUUACAGGGUAUGAUUUUAAUUGAGUGUUAGAGAAAGUUGGCCUUAAAUGUUUUAAUUAAUUGUUGUUGUUUUUUGUUUUGUUGUGAGUGUAUGCGAAGGAAAUGUAUUCUAAAAUACGAUUCAAAAGGAAAAGGGGUUUGAGAAAAUGUCUUUUUCUUUGCUGCCAUUUUCAAGUUGAAAUUCCUGAACGAUUAUUUCAAAAGUAUGUAUUUGUAAUGUAUUUAAUCAUCCUUAGAGAUCACUCCAAAUGGCAGCACUGUGAAAAAUAUUGUCUAUGAAAUGGUGGGAGUGUCCAGGGUACACAGAAACCAUUUCUCACUACAGUGUUGAGAGUCUGCAGGCAUGUACAGCCAUCCUGUAUUUUUAAGAUUUUUAAGAUCUUCUGAUAGGUGUCUUUUGUAUGUCCCUCGGUCCCGUUUAAAAACUAAGGGGGGUAGAGCUUUUUUAGUCGCUGCCCCUCGUUUAUGGAAUCAAUUGCAACUGGACAUCUGCCUCGUACCCUCAUUUACCAUUUUUAAAAAGAAGCUGAAAGCAUAUGUCUUCUCCUAGGUGUUUUGUUUACUAGUGUUUAUUGUCUGUCUUUAUUUGGUUUUAUUCUGUUUUCUAUUUUACUUUUCUUUACUCUGUUCAGCAUUUUGGUCAGCUUUGCUGUGUUAAAUGUGCUUUCUAGAUAAAAUUUACUUGCUUGCUUACUUACUUACUUACUUACUUACAUCCUGAAAGACCCAGACCCUCAACACUGUAGUGACAAAUGGUUCGUGUGUACUCUGGACACACCGGGGUGUGUAGACUUUUUAUAUCAACUGUAAUUAAAUCUAUUUUUAGACAUUGCCACCGAAUGUGAUGCAAAUGGAUAGCCAUUGUUUAUAUGUUAGCCACAAAUUUAGUCAGUUUAUGAGCUUAAUUUGGAUCCACAAACAAGCACAGAGGCAAACAAAGCUUCAGGAAAGGAGCAAAACAAAGUAAAGCGAAGGCAAAAUUUACACAAAGUGAUGUCCGGUGUGAGAAAUGAUGAGCAAAGUACUUAAGCAAAGCAGAUUACUUGUUGUAUCCCUUGUAGUUCUUUUGAUACUCAAAAUGACACAGUAAACAUGGCAUGGUACACUGGCCAGAUCGGUUCUGUUGUUUCAUACCUCGUAUCACUGGGUGCUGCAUAUAAUGUUGACCAACAGCUAAAGAAGAUAAUGGUGCAGUUAAUGUUAUACAUGUGGGAGGAUGUGCACAUUAUAGCGUAAACAGAAAUGAUCCUAGACACUGCAUUUACAGCACUCCAGGAGCAUGAUGUUUCUGGAAAUCUGGGUCCAGAAUUGGCCAUAAUCCAUAUUAAGAGGAAAGAAGGAACGUUUGAAUAGGAUGUGCCUCACAAACUCUAUCUAAACUACAUUGUGUGCAUUUAUGGAGUUUAUGCAUUUAUACACGGGAAAUGUUUUGCUUACUUGUGCUUUAUUCUCAGUGUUUGGUUACAGGUUGUUUUUUUUUUUUUUUUUUUUUUUUUUUUUUUUUGCAGUUUAUGAGGGUUUACUGAUACUUAACUUGUUACCCAACAGUCUUAAAUUUGAACAUUUACUGGUUACAUGUUUGGAUGUUUUAUUUCUAAUAGAGCAGUGCAAUUUAAAUACUUUUGUUUUACUGAACACACAUCACUGUAUAUUACACAUCCCUGUCAACCAUUGAUAUACAGAGCCUCCAGAAAGUACCCCCCCCCCAAAGGUGUUGAUUAAUAUUUUUACUUUAUUGCAACAGCAAAUUUAAACAUGUUGUAAUUGAUUUAUUUUCCUGGUUCUUUUGAACUGUCUUUCUACAGGAGUAAAGAUUAAAGUAUUUAGAUGUCCUCUGAAUUAUUUGUAAGUAAAUAAAUAAAUAAGUCUAAAACUUCCUUUAAAAAAACAA